AUGCGUUUUCAAUUUUUGUUUCUGACAAUUCUUUCCGUGGCUUUGGCCAACGUUUUGAAGCUACAAUUGGCCAAGACUGUGGUGAAACGGCCAGGUCUUCAGGCUGGCGGUGGUUAUUAUGACAAACCUUUUGAGCUGUAUGAAAGUAGGUUAUGUAAACACAAAAUAAUAGUAUCAUAAAAAGUGGAAUUACGUAUUUUACAAUAAUAUAAUCAUAAGUUUCAUAUUUUAUCAAAAAAGAUUAAAAAAAUUCAAAUUUCCAAAAUCCCGCCAAAAUUAAAAAACCUUUGGCAUUGCGUUUCUACCCUAGAUUCUUACUUUCAUAGGAUUGUAUUAACAUAUCAAAUUAAUAUUUUUCAAUUAUUUUUGUUUUUCAAUCGACAAAACAAAGUAAAAUUUCAAAUUCCCAAAAUCCCGCCAAAAUUGUAAAUCCAUGGCAUUAUGUUACAACCUAACUAUUUUGUAAGAAACAACUUGUCAAGCCCUUAAAAUAUAUUUUUCAACCAUAACUACAAAAUUUCAGCUGAUUUCUACAUAGUACCGGUUGAUUUUGGCAGUCCAGCCCAGACCUUGCACUUGGCUUUGAACUUGGGUUCGAACCAAUUUUGGGUGUUGGACAAGAAUAACAGCGGAAAUGUCACUACAAAUGGUCCUACUUUUGAUACUAGGUAUGUUUUGGCAUUUUUUGCAUUUUUAAAAUUUUAUUUUAAAAUUUUUCAAAAUUUCAAAAUUUAAAAUUUAAAAAAAAAUUUUUUUAAUUUAAAUUUUUUAAAAUUUAAAAAAACUAGGAAAUAAAGACAAAAUUUUUUAAAAAUAACUAAAGAGAAUACUGUAAAGUGUCUUUGAUUACCCUUAUUUCAUCUGCAAGCCUACUACAAUAUCGUUCUCUUCAGUUUAUAG